AUGCCGCCGAAGGAUACCACACCAUUGACGCAGGCAAUCGUCUCUCUACUUGCCUCCACAAGCCUUUCACGGCUCACCCUCAUGGGCUGGGACCACGGUAACAAUGUAUCGGAUCUCCGUCGCAUACUGUCGGCUUGCUCAGUCUCCCUUGCUCACCUCACCAUUGCCGGCUACAACCACCUCCCCCUCCACGCGGCAUCGGCAGCCAGCGACCGCCCGGCCGUAUCUUUGAAAGCCCUUCGCAAACUCGAGCUGUUCGACCUCUCAAGGUCUGCCACUCCAUUCGGCCGAUCAAUACUCCUUGAUUGUCCAAACCUCGAAACCUUCACUGUUUCGCAGGAGCUCUCAGAUGGUGGCCCUUGGGGGCUGCCAUCCUGGAUUCCAGCGAGGAUCACCACGCUCAAUCUGCAUGCCACGACGUCCGCUACCCUCCCGCAAUUUACACGGCCUAUAUAUCCGUCUCGCCUGACAGUCCAGAGAGAAGCAUAUGUUUUCGGUGACAUAUAUGUACUCCAAUGCAUCAAUCGGCUGCCGUUUAUCGACCACCUGCAGCAGCUGACUAUCAAGAUGAUCUACCGUGAACACGGGCUCCUCAGCAUGUCCAGAUCCAUGCACUACAACGAGCUAUCCGGCGUCCUACAGUCACUUCGACAUCCUGCAUUGUUGAUACGACUUAUUCUCAAUUUCACAGCUGCAGCCAGUGACGAAAAGAAUUUCGGGGCAGACGAGUUGGAUAGGAUCACCAGGGGGGAGAUCGCAAAGCUGAAGGAGGCGUUUGCGCCGUUGUUGAGUACAGGCGGACUCUCAAUCCUAGUUGCCAUUGGGAGCCGAGCACCCAUAGAGCUCUGUGGAUAA